UUUAUGUUGUGUGCAGCAGCGACUGAGGAACAGGAGGAGGAGCGGAGAACCGCAGCGUUAUUAUCGGGCUCUUGGCGUUAAUUUCGUGGGUAUUCAUUGGGACACAGACGGAUAUCGCAGCAUCAAUACAUGUCGGUCUGUUCCUGUGGAUAAAUCGCCUGCUAGUUAAUAAAACAACGCCGUAAACAAGCGCUGUCCGCGGACUGAUUCGCACCUGCCGCGGAUCAUGGACAACAAAGACUGAAUCCAGCUCAACUCCUGCGGCGAACCGAGCCAGGCUGCCUCCGGCCCCUUAAAGAAAUACAGUUUUCCUUUAAACUCUGUGGCAGAAGCUGCUGGUGAACAGCAGCUGUUUACAGGCCGAAUCAAGCCGUUCACUAACUGCUUGGUCUAUUUAUAGUAACGCUUGUGUGCGGGUUUUUAUGUUAUUAAUUUGCCUUGAACAUUAAAUUGUAGAUGGUUUGUAUGGUAGAGAUUAGCCCAGGUGAAUAACCAGGCCUCCGUUGUGUUUAAUUAACAUUAUUUAAUACUUGCAUAGAACCAGUCUGGCGGCAGAGUGUAUCCAAUGAUUCUGUAAUAAAAUAAGAUAAAUAGAAAUAUGUGGGUCAUUCCCGAAGAUGUGUUACUGGCGGGAGCGCUAUGGAUCACCGAGAGAGCGAAUCCGUUCUUCAUCCUCCAGAGACGGAAAGGCCACGGGGAUGGAGGAGGAGGACUGGCCGGAUUUCAUUGCUACAGAUCAGCCGCCUUGUUGCAAUGUAAAGGUUCUGCACACGACUGGCUAAAAAGCCCAAAUAGAGGUUUGCUUGUUGGGACUCUGGAUGUCGUUCUGGACUCGAGUGCUCGGAUGGCUCCUUAUAGGAUCCUCUACCAGACUCCCGACUCUUUAGUGUACUGUAUCAUCGCUCAUGGAACGUCUCGUAAAGAGAUCACGGAGCACUGGGAGUGGCUCGAACACAACCUCCUGCAGACUCUGUCCAUCUUCGAGAACGAGAACGAUAUUACCACCUUCGUCAAGGGGAAAGUGCAGGGAAUCAUUGCAGAGUUCAACAAGAAUCAUGAUGUCAAAGAGGACGACGACACAGACAAGUUUAAGGAGGCGAGCUCUAAGUUUUGGAAACUGUUCGGGAUGCCAGAGGAGGAGAAGCUGGUCAAUUAUUACUCCUGCAGCUACUGGAAGGGGAAGGUUCCCCGGCAGGGUUGGCUUUACCUCAGCAUCAACCACCUCUGCUUCUAUUCAUACCUACUGGGAAAAGAAGCCAAACUGGUGGUUCGCUGGGCAGACAUCACCCAGUUGGAGAAGAGCGCCACCCUCCUCCUGCCCGACGUCAUCAAGGUGAGCACCCGCGCCAACGAGCACGUCUUCUCCGUCUUCCUAAACAUCAACGAGACCUUCAAACUGGCGGAGCAGCUGGCCAACAUCGCCAUGCGGCGGCUGCUGGACAACAAAGGCUUCGAACUGGACCGCUCGCUGCCCAAGCUGAAGAAGUCGCCCAAGAAGGUUUCAGCGCUGAAGCGAGAUCUGGAUGCCAGAGCGAAGAGUGAGCGUUACCGGGCUCUCUUUCGUCUUCCUAAAGACGAGAAACUGGACGGGCACACAGACUGCACUCUGUGGACGCCCUUCAACAAGAUGCACAUCCUGGGGCAGAUGUUUGUGUCCACUAACUACAUCUGCUUCACCAGCAAGGAGGAGACGAUGUGCAGCCUCAUCAUCCCUCUGCGUGAGGUGACCAUCGUGGAGAAGGCAGACAGCUCCAACGUGCUGCCCAGCCCACUGUCCAUCAGCACCAAGAAUCGCAUGACGUUUCUGUUCGCCAAUCUGAAAGACAGAGACUUCCUGGUACAGAGGAUCUCCGACUUUUUGCAGCAAACCACCUCCAAGAUUUACCUUGAAAGGGAGCUGAACAACAGCAGCAGCAGCAGCUCGGAUGACGAGGUUUACUCCCAUCAUGGCUCCCUGCUUUCCUGCAGUCCACUGCAAAGUCUGGCUUCAGAGGCCGAGCGCACCUUCAACCUGAACGACAACAGCGUGCCCACAGCUUCAGAAGCCCUCAUGACCAUGUAUCGGCGCCGCUCACCUGAGGAGUUUAAUCCCAAACUGGCCAAGGAGUUCUUGAAGGAGCAGGGGUGGAAGAACCACUUCACAGAGUAUGGAGAGGGGGUGUGCAUGUACCGCACGGAGAAGACGAAGGAGCUCGUUCUCAAAGGCAUCCCUGAGAGCAUGAGAGGAGAGCUAUGGCUGCUGUUUUCAGGGGCGAUCAACGAGAUGAUGACUCACCCCGGAUACUACGAAGACCUGGUGGAGAAAUCGAUGGGAAAGUACAACCUGGCCACGGAGGAGAUUGAGCGGGAUCUGCACCGCUCCCUGCCGGAGCAUCCGGCCUUUCAGAAUGAAAUGGGCAUUGCCGCGCUGCGCAGGGUCCUGACUGCCUAUGCUUUCAGGAAUCCCAACAUCGGAUACUGCCAGGCCAUGAAUAUUGUGACGUCUGUCCUGCUGCUUUACUCUAAAGAAGAAGAAGCUUUCUGGCUUCUGGUGGCUCUCUGCGAGAGGAUGCUGCCGGACUACUACAAUACAAGAGUUGUUGGAGCCCUCGUGGAUCAGGGUGUGUUUGAGGAGCUUGCGCGCGAGUACAUCCCCCAGCUUUACGACUGCAUGCAAGACCUCGGGGUUAUAUCCACCAUUUCGCUCUCAUGGUUUCUCACUCUUUUCCUCUCCGUUAUGCCGUUUGAGAGCGCCGUGGUGGUAGUAGACUGUUUCUUCUAUGACGGCAUCAAGGUCAUCUUUCAGUUGGCACUCUCUGUGCUCCACUCCAACAUCCACCAGCUGCUGGGCUGCAAGGAUGACGGAGAAGCUAUGACUGUCCUGGGCAGGUACCUGGACAGUGUGACCAAUAAGGACAGCACCCUCCCUCCUAUCCCUCACCUUCACUCUCUGCUCACCGAUAACGGAGAACCGCAUCCCGAUGUGGACAUUUUCAAACUGGUCCGCAGCUCCUAUGAGAAAUUUGGCUCAAUCCGUGCAGACGUGAUUGAGCAGAUGCGUUUCAAACAGAGACUGAGGGUCAUUCAGACCAUUGAAGACACAACCAAACGCAACGUGGUCCGAACUAUUGUAACAGAGACGGCUUUCAGUAUUGACGAGUUGGAAGAGCUUUAUGUGCUUUUCAAGGCAGAGCACCUGACCAGCUGUUACUGGGGAGGCAGCAGUAACCCCACAGAGCACCAUGACCCCAGCCUGCCUUACCUGGAGCAGUACCGCAUCGAUGUGGAGCAGUUCAAGGGCCUGUUCACCCAGCUGUUCGCCUGGGCCAAUGGGGCCCACUCAGACCCGCUUGCCGUGCGCUUCUUUCGCCUACUCGAUGAAAACGGAGAUGCCCUCAUCAACUUCCGAGACUUUAUCAGCGGCCUGGGUGUUCUGUGUCAUGGGGAUCUGACAGAGAAGCUGAAGCUCCUCUACAAGAUGCAUGUGUUACCUGAGAUAACUCAUGAGCAGGAGGAGCCUGACUCGGCCUUUGAAGCCACUCAGUACUUCUUCGAAGACAUCACUCCAGAAACGUCCAUCAGUCGUGAUAUAAAGGGUAGAGGCGAGAAGGAUGAUGGCUUCGUCAGAGUUACGUUCAAGACUGAAAAAGUGCAAAAACUGAGCACUCCUGAUUACCGUCAUUACCUGAAACUGUGGAACGAAGAGACGAAACCUAAACGAGAAAGCACAAAGGACCUUCCAAAGCUAAAUCAGAGUCAGUUCAUCGAGCUCUGUAAGACCCUCUACAGCAUGUUUAGUGAGGAUGUAGCUGAACAGGAGCUCUAUCACGCCACUGCAACUGUCACCAGUCUACUGCUGGAAAUGGGAGAAGUGGGAAAGCUUUUUACUUCCUGCAGCAGAAAGGAUCCCAGCCAAGGGGGGAUGUCUGAACCAAGUUUGUGCAGGAGAGACUUAUUGGAUCUUAAAUCCACUCAAGAUGCUUCCAAUCUGGGAGAUGUUUUUAUCCCUGCAGGUCUGGAGGACAAGUCAAGCCCCUGUGAGGAGGAUAAACGGCGCGAUGCAGGUGAGGAGCUGCCGCCCAUGCAGGACAUCAAGCUAGAAGACUCCUCUCCUAAAGAGACGGGAACGUCGUCCGCCAUGCUCAUAUCCGACGAUGAAACCAAAGACGACACAUCGAUGUCAUCUUACUCAGUGCUGAGCGCCGGCUCCCACGAGUUGGACGAGAAGCUGCAGUGCGAGGACAUUGCAGACGACACAGUUCUGGUGCGCAGCGACAACAAGCCCUCAGAGACCGAACGGAGGGGUCAUCCUAACGACAGAAAGCUGCCCCACAGCACCAGCAUCGACAAAGACUGGGCCAUCACGUUCGAGCAGUUCCUGGCCUCCGUCCUGACUGAGCAGGCUCUGGUGCGGUACUUUGAGAAGCCGGAGGAUGUGGCAGCCCGCAUCACAAAUGCCAAGAAUGUGCGGAAAGUCGGGCGCCCCCUGCUGUCCACAAGUGACUAUGAGAUCUCUCUCUCUGGCUGAAGGACUAGUGGUUCUCAGGAGUUAGUGAAGUUUUCUAGGAUUAUAGCGGAAAUUGUAAUAGUGUAUAUUUGAAAGAAUGUAAUCAGAACUGCUUCUAAUGAUGUAUUUUACCAGAAAUGUAAAACCUAAUGUAUAAAUCAAUAGAUCCUGUCCUGUGAAGAGAAGACUGGAAAUUCACCCAUGGUUUCCUCAAAUGAAAUCAAUGUGUACACGUCGUAGCUGUACCUUUUUAUAAGACAAUAUGCAUAAGUAGUAAUAGUCUUAUAUCUCUGAACUACUAGGCUGUGUAGAUGUAAAUGUCCACACAUGUAGUGUUGUUUAAAAAGGUUUGAAACCACCAUUUAUAUCUUCAUACUUUGCUUCACAGACGUUAGAUCUUCUUGUAAUCUUUGAACUGGUGUCCCUCGACGGUUCUUCAGGUUUCUGAAAGUUGAAGUGGCAAGAAAUUCAAAGAAAGUUCAGCUCCUUGGAAGAAAAAUAUCGAGACAUGAGGGGGACUUAAGUUUCACACAGCUCUGUACAGUAUGGUUCAAACUUCAAUAUUAAUCUACAGUAUGUAUCGUCACAUCACAUCUGGUCAAACUGUUGCUUCAUUUAGUUGCUAUUCCGAUUGCUGCUAUUUGCUUAUAAAGAUAUGGGAAACAGAGCUACAGAUCCAAUGGUAAAACAAUUUUUUAUGUCUUGUGUAAACACUCAGUUCACUUUAAUGCAGUCCGUCACUUUUGCAGAUAAUAUAUUUUCUUUGGUUCAUAUUGACAAAAGAAAUCAACCUGUACAAUAACUGCAUAGAAAAGAUUGUUUAGCUGCUAAAACAUGUUGUUUAAGCUGGACAUUUUGUUGAAAAUAUUUUUCAUUUCUUUCAGUAAUUUUACACUAAAAUAUGUUUAAGAGUCCAUACCUUCUUUGUUUACAAUAUGUUUGGGUCCACUAAUACAUCUGCUUGCCUUUUUAUUUUUAAUUUAUUUUUGUCCUUCCAUGCAUGCCUUUUUAUUUUUGCUCUGUGCAUUUUUUAAAUGGAUUUUUAAAAAUUUUUUCUACUGUAAAUAUGUUGAAUUUAUUUGACCAGAUGUUGCUGCUCUGGAUUCUGGUGCAUUGUGUAUCACUCGUCUAAUUAAAAUCAGUGUCAUUAA